AGUUAGUUCCAGAACCUGCUCAUCCGUUUGUUGUUUUGACUUUGUGAGACAAGAAACUCUUCGCAUCAGGCUCCAGUGCUGUCUUUUGACCUUGGCUUCUUCUACCCUGGUGCAGCUUCAACCGUCACACCUGGAGACAAGAUGAUCUUCUCCCUGCUGAUCCUCCUCCAUGUCUGCAUCCUGACUGUGGACUCUAUGGUGAUCUCUCCGUUUUCUAAGAGGUCCGGCGUCCAAAAGCGAGAAGAAAUCCCUUUAAACAUGGCCCCUGACUCUGUAGAUGACUCCUACACAGGCUGCGCAGUAGACAUGAAAGAAACUAUUUACAAAACAUAUUUAAGUAAAGAAUUAAAUGAAAAUGAAGAGUUAAAGACGCUUUGGAAAACAAAUUGUGCCAAUGAAAUGUUCAAGAAAAAGGAAUCUGUAGACAAGGAUCUCGAAUUAGAUCAUUUCAAGGCUUUAUAUGCUUACACAGCUGAAUCAACAUUAUAUAGUAAAUUCAACAACGCAGUAAGAACCAAGGGGCCAGAGUACACAAGUGGCUUCAGUUACCACGCCAUGCACUUCCUGUUGUCCGACGCAAUCCGUGUCCUCAAAGAGAACCAACCAACGUGUGUCACCACAUACCGUAGAACAAAGCUGGAGUUUAAAGGUGAAGUUAAUACUGAAAUGCGUUUUGGAUUCUUCGCUUCCAGUUCAAAGAAAACUGAUUUGACUGAUUUUGGGGACAAAACCUGCUUUGAGAUUGAGACGUGCUACGGCGCUUACCUCAAGAAAUAUUCCUGUUUUGGCACUGAUGAGGAAGAGGUGUUGAUUCCACCUUAUGAGAAGUUCAAAAUAACCGCAAUUGAACAUAAAGGAAAUGUUUUACAGUGUAAUGUUCUGUACAAACUGAAAAGUUCUGAAACUAAAAGCAAUUUCAACUGUAAAGCCGUACCCGAGGUACCUGUGUGAACAUGUUGGCUGAAUGUAUUCUUCCUUCUUCCUGCUUUAAUAUAAUUGGUGUCAGAUUAAUCGCUUUUCAGCAAAACAGUUUAUUUUGAUCAGUGUGUGGACACAACGGCCUGGUGAAACUCGGCAGAGGUGAACCGUGGCUGUAUAUGGAGAGCUGAGGAAAACUGAAAGGGCUGCCAAAGUCCUGUUUCCCACCAAAGACAGAUAGAUCGUUGUGACAUUGAAAACAUCACUGUCUUGUGGGAAGGGGAGAAAUAUUUCUGUAAGCAAUAUGUGAAGUUGAUCAUUCUGCCCGCUUUUUGCUUACUUCUUGUACCCUGCUAGAAGCUUCGA